CGAUGACAGCAAAACAAACGAUAUUUUAAUUUAUUUUCAGAUAAUUCAGCAGAUAUAGAUCUCCAUUUCACAACCAAAACGACGAUGUGAAACUGAAGUCUUAACAAUUCACAUUACUUAAAAUGGAUGAAACGGAAGAGUAUAAGUGUGUGAAUUGCGGGGAAGCAGCGUCCGCACUUUAUAGGACAUAUGGACCGUCGGUAUUAAAAUUAACAAAAUGUGAAAAAUGUAAAGGUAUUGUAGACAAGUACAUAGAAUAUGACCCAGUCAUAGUGAUGAUUGAUCUGGUAUUGAUGUCCAGAGAAGCACAGAGGCACAUUUUGUACAACACAGAGUUUAAGUCUUUCUGGAAGUUAGCAAUUAUUUUGAUAAUGUUAGAGACGUAUGGCGUGUGGAGAAGUGAUAGCCUGUUCAGUAUUGGAGUGAAUUCUGUCUGUGGCUUUGAAAAUAAUUCCACUAAUUUAAGUAUACCAAUCAAUAUAUCCCACUCUGUUCCCGAGUCAUGGAAGGUCAACUGCUGGGCGUGGUCUCACGUGGAAAAGAGUGAUGAAGACAAUGAUCUCUUUAUAUGGGAAAAGGAUUUUUACGUGCAGUUCACGUCUAUACUCUGUGGUAUACUAAUAUUUAUAGCAACAGCACAUCUUUUAAUGAAAAUGGUGUCACCAUUCUCAACAAAUAAAGUACCAAUAAUGCGAGUGUUCAAAGCGUUCACAUUGGCCGACGUUGGCAUACUGUUCACACUGCCCAUGCUCGUGUGGGGCUCCGACACGUCGGCCGACACACGGACCAUACACCUGUUGCUAGUCUAUUUGUAUAGUUUCGUUGUAUUCCUCAAUGUUUUUAGUGUGACAUACGAAUGUCCAGUCCCAAUUACAAUAUUAAUUUUAAUAUUAAGCAAUAUUACAAAAUAUAUAACUAGUUUUCAUGCAACGCCAGUUCUUAGAAGACUAUUUGCAUACUGAAGUGAAAGUAAGAAGAUCCAUUAGACAAAAUCAAUUGAAGGUUGAAUAUUAGGAAAAAGUAAGAGCCAUAUAUAUUUUUAUGAAUAAAGUAAUAAAAAGUUAAUAUAAUAAACACUUGCACAGUA